UUUCCUGCCGCCCAUCCCCGCAGCAUCGAGUUUGCUUUCUGCGCAGGCGCGAGUCUUAUGUCCGCUCUCCCUCCCCCCCUUGCAAAAAAGAGAGGGGGAAGUCCUGCUGGCGCGUCGUCUCGCGGGUGCCCGGAUGCUGCUCCUUCCCCAACGGCUAGGCUGAGGUCUCGGCCCCUCUUUCUCUCGGCCUCGGACGUCCUCACUGGUCACCGGGCCCUGGGGCCAGGCGGGGCUAAAGGGGAGGGGCUUGGGCUGAGCCCGCCCUACCCCCCUUGAGAAGGCGGUGAUGUCAGCUGAAGCCACGGCAGACGUGGCCCCUGCUCCUGAGGCCUGUGCCCUGCUGGUUCCGACCCAGCAGCCGCAGAAUGGUGGGAGCGGAGUAGCGGGUGCGACCUUUGAUCUCAAACUCCUGAACCCCAGCAGCAAGUAUGUGAAGCUGAACGUGGGAGGGUCCCUGCAUUACACCACGGUGCAGACCCUGACCAAGCAGGACACCAUGCUCAAGGCCAUGUUCAGCGGCCGGAUGGAAGUGCUGACGGACAGCGAAGGCUGGAUCUUGAUCGAUCGAAGCGGGCGCCACUUUGGGACCAUCCUGAAUUACUUGCGCGACGGUUCUGUUUCCCUCCCCGAGUCCCAACGGGAGCUGGAAGAGGUGCUGUGCGAGGCCCGGUACUACCUGAUUCAAGGCUUAGUGGAGGACUGCCAGCUGGCUCUCCAGCAAAAGAGCGAAUCGUUUGACCCCCUCUGCCACAUCCCCAUGGUGACUUCUCCAAAGGAGGAGCAGCAGAUCAUCUCAAGCUGUUCCAAGCCGGUGGUGAAAUUGCUGCACAACAGAAGUAACAACAAGUAUUCAUAUACCAGUAACUCCGACGACAACUUGCUGAAGAACAUUGAACUGUUUGACAAACUCGCUCUGCGUUUCAACGGCCGGGUGCUCUUCAUCAAAGAUGUCCUGGGGGAUGAGAUCUGCUGCUGGUCUUUCUACGGUCAGGGCCGCAAGAUCGCGGAGGUCUGUUGCACCUCUAUCGUGUACGCCACCGAGAAGAAGCAGACGAAGGUGGAGUUCCCAGAGGCACGGAUCUUCGAGGAGACCCUGAACAUUCUGAUCUACGAGACACCGAGGGUGCCAGAUAAGGCCCUGCUGGAAGCGACCGGUGGGGUGGCGGGAGGGGGGGAAGGCCACCACCGUGCAGGUGAUGAUGAAGACGGGCGGGAGCACCGCGUCCGGCGCAUUCACGUCCGCAGGCAUAUUAUGCACGACGAACGUCCUCACGGUCACCAGGCUGUAUUCAAGGACUGACCCUGUCUCAAUCCCAGUGUUGUCGUCACUCUGCCAUCCAGUGCCAAAGGAGGCCCCCUUACUCCUUUUGACCUUUUGCCUCGCAGUCUUCUCAAGGGCGGGGGUUGCACCCUUUCCAACCCACGCCUCUGUCCUCCUCGGCCUUGCCUUUCUGUUGACUUUGCACCCUUUCCGAGUCCUUCAUUGACUUUAUUGUGACAACUGUCACUUUAGUCUGCCCUGCAUGUGACUCACUUCUUCUUUCUAAUUGUUUAUUUACCCCCUCCCCCUUAAUAUCUGAGUUUUAGUCUUAAAUGGCUGCCCCUUUUCUCUUGCUGUUUGCUCCUCUCACACCAGUUCUCUUCUUGCCUCAUGAGACGCCUCUCAAGGCUGGAUAGCGACACAUUAGUUAUACAUAAUGUCUUGGGCCCAGGAUGUUGUCCUAGCAGACAGGAAACAGCCUGACUUUUGGGAUCCACAGGAAAGCAUGAAUAGGGAUGUGUGAUCAAUGUGGGCACACAAGAUGUACCUACUUCCCAUAUUUCAUUUUGGAACGCUGACUUCUUCUCCAGCUUCUCAAAGGUCAUGGGUACACAGCAGCCUACUUUGCAUAACCUUUUUGUGCUUUCUGACUUCCGAUCAACAUUUCAUAAUGGAUUUGGUUUUUAAAUUCUCUCCCCCCUCCCCCGAAACACACUUUUUGAGAUUUAUCUUUCGUUCACCUCAUUUUAACGUUUUGGUGUUCCCGGUGUGGAAGAAGCCACCUGGAUUUAAAAUGAAGGACCUAAACUGUUGUAGGGAAAGUUGUGACUGCACUUAUUUUUUUGUUUUUUAAUAUAGAGCGGGGCCGGAAUAACUGGGACUGUAAAACGUACCUCGCUUGAGUCUGUCAGCCAAGAAGGCUGAUCCUCUUUGAAAUCACUCAGAAAGAAAUCCUCAGGUUGGCAACCCCCAGACAUGUUCUAUCUUCCCACACUAGAGCAGGGCUAACUGAAAGUUCCCAGAAAGCUGUUUUUGGCUCAUAGGGCUAAUUUCUGGGUUACAAAUGUGUUCUCCUUUGAUCUCCCUCAGUGGAUGUUGUGCAAGCUGCACCCUGCUGCCCUCUGCACAUAUCUCUUAUCACUCACUCCUAGUACAAGGCAUGGUUGGACUUCGAAAGAGGCGGGAUGCUUCGAACCCAAAGCUCAGUAGGCAAUUUUAGGUCAUUCCCAAACACUGCAAUGUGGUCAUGCAGUUUCUUCCCAUGAUGCAUUGCGAGACUGGGGCUUCAGGUCAUUCUGACCUCCGUUUCCACCACCACCACUCCACAAUAUUCCAGCUUGCUUCGAAUGUACCACGGAGGAAAUAUUUACUCUCCUGCAACUUACCCCUCUCCUGCAACUUACUCCUGUCUGUUUUCCCUUGGGGAUAGAAUGUUCCUUUGCAAAAAAAAAAAAAACUUUGGAGAGUUCUGCCUGGCCCUUUAGCCAGUUGUCCCAUUGGAUGGGAAGGGUUUAUUCCACCUGCUGAUGGGUGGGGAGGUUUAAUGAACUGUUGCAUUUCAUGAACUUCAAGGCUGUGAAGGUACUUUUACGGGGAAGAUGGUACUGUUCUUUCCCCUUCCCCUUGUUUCCUUCUGUACAUGCUCUCCUCCCUGGAGGAGGUAAUCUUGCAUUAAUUAUUGUAAUUUGUAUUUGUAUAAUUUAUUUAAAAACUUUGUUUUUUCUAUUUAUUGUAAUAAAGGCUUCUGCUUUAAAAAA